GAUCCGGCGCGCCUUAGCCACAACAUUCAUGUCCCUUUUCCAAGACAUCAGAUACUUCUUGCCUUCAUCAUUUCCAGAGGAUCGUGCGGCAGAACUUCGACUGGGUCUUAGUCAAAAUGGUGCCAUCGCUGUCCAUUCCAUGAACGAAGCCACGCACAUCAUUACCAACACCAAUCGCUUUGAAAGCUGGCAGGACGUUGACGACUCUAUAGGCGUUGUAACGGAUCUAUGGGUCGACCGCUCUUUGACGAUGGGAAAGCUUCAACAAACGGCUUAUUACUCGCCAGAUCCCGCCUUUCUAUUCUCCGGUGUCGUUGCAUGUUCUGCCGAUUUGUCAGCAGCAGACCUAGAAACACUCUCCGCUGGAGUCACAGCGCUGGGUGGCCAGUGGCGAUUAGGACUGACUCGAGACGUCACCCAUCUGUUUGCUGUCUCGUGUUCGUCUGACAAGUACAAAACUGCGAUGCAGUAUCAAGAAGUCACUCAUAUUAACAUUAUUCUGCCUCAUUGGUUCGACGACGUCAUUCGGCUGGGGAUGGGAAGUCUUGAUGUCGCGAUUUAUCAAUGGCCAGAUCCGUCAUAUCUCAAGGACACGCAACAGAGCAACUUGGAUGAUGCAAAAAAGAUGCGUAAGUUGGAUCCAGAUAAAAAGGUGCUGUACAAGACAGCUCUUUUGAGACCAGACUCUGAUCUCUCUGGUCUUCCUGUCAAAAACGUGUGGGAAGGACGCCACAUCUUGCUAAGUACGAGUCUAGAAUUGAGCCAGGGCAGACGCGAGGCCGUUGAAAAAAGCAUCCGUAUUGCCCAAGGGACUAUCUUGAAUUACCGCUCUAAUAAUGGUGAUGGCGACGAAGAGGAAGAACUGACAAACGUGGAAUUUUGCGACAUUUAUGUUACCAGGUUUCGAAGUGGGAAGGCAUACUUCAAGGCCGCGCGAGCUGGGAAGACGAUUGGCACCCUCGCUUGGGUUUUUAAUGUACAAGCGACUGGUACCCUUUCCAGACCAGUGGAUCAACUACUCCAUUACCCCAUUCCUAGGAAACCUGUUGAAGGGUUUUCAUCCCAUGUCGUCACUAUCACCAAUUACACUGGCGAGACGCGAGAUUAUCUCAAGAAAUUAAUAGAUGCCAUGGGUGCAUCCUUCACAGCCAAUAUGACGGGUGCUAACACUGUGGUCAUUGCGGCUUACCAAACCGGGGUCAAAGUCACGAAAGCUCAAGCCUGGUCCAUACCAGUUGUGAAUCAUACUUGGCUGGAAGACUGUUUUAUCAAAUGGCGAAAUUUAACUGUGGGAUUGGACAAGUACAUCGGGUUUGCGCCCAACAUGGACUUUUCUCAGCUCUUAGGUCGAAGAGGUGUGGGAAGGGCGGUUGAAGAUUUGGCCGAAUUGGAACGUGAAGAGAUAGAAGAUCGAGAAUAUCUCCAAACAUUACAGAAGGUACCCAUCGGGAUGGAAAACAGUGCCCGGGAUGCAACAAAAGUCGCCGAAUUUGUCACCUUGCCUGUACCCGACGCAGACGGAGACAUCUCAAUGGGCGCCCCUACAAUACUCUGGAAACCGGAUCGACAGGACACGUCAGAGCCUGCGUCAAAAUUACGGUCAUCCCCGCAUAAAGCGGACAGUUCGUCUGUUACCAGGCCGGAUAUGAUCGAUAAGCCAUCUGCUGAUCACCGAGCAGUCGAAAACGGUGCAACGCCAGUACCAAGUCACGGAAACAUCGAUAUCGCCGAUGAGGUUCUGGACAUCAGCGACAGUCCUGAACUUCAGAUGAAAAGGAUUAGGAAGCGGAAGCAAUCACAUCUGGAAAUAGCCUUUGAAGAGAAAAGUGGACCCUCUAAAUCGACCCCACACAAGGCUGCUCGUGCACGCAGGAAAGGCAAUGCAUUGCACGUCUCGAAUCCCACAACCACCGCAACCGGCGGUGAACCAGAGGUAUCAAUACAAACUGCUUCUAUCCACAGUGGUCGUCGUAGAUCCACUAGGACAGGACCUACGACGCCAACGGUGGAGGCCAGUGCUGAACGACCACGAACUAAAACAGUUACCGCUUCAACACCUCCCAAAAGAGUGGUGUCCGUUCUGAUGCCCCCGAUGACAAUCACGCCCAGGUCCUCUGUCAUGAAUACUGCGCCCAGCCAGAAUGUACGCACACCUUUGGGUCAUGAUGCGAGUCUUCUCAUCACUGCGGAGGAACGAAGAGGUACUCCAGCUUCGGGUUCAAGGCCGAAGCUAGCCGUCUCAUCUCCGAAGAAUAGUCCACCUCUCUCCGCCGUGCCGGAGAUAUCGCCUAGAAUGAAAAGAAGUGCUGCUGCAAAAGCGUCACAGCAACUGAAGGAUACAGUCAUGCCAGAUGUUGUUAAUUUCCAGCAAGAGAUGCGACGCAGGUCAAAGAAAAGCAUCGUCAGUGACAUGUCAACCAAAAGGAAACGAACAUCUGGCGCACUUAGUGACAGUGACCACGAGAAUGAUUCCAGAUCCAAGAAGAAAGGAAGGCUAUCAACUGGUUCGGCCAAGGGCAAGGAUAAGUCAGAUGAAUCAGGGAACGAGGAAGAUGACGCAGCACGUCCUGCACGACGCAACAUACCACAAAAGACCAAAGAUAACGUCCACAAUAACGACGAUAGUGAUGACGACGACGAAAAGACAUCCGGAAGUACACUUCCUGCUCGCAAGCUGCUUGAGGAUCCGAAUCAGAAGUCAACCACGCAUACGAAAGGAAAGAAAAAGAUGUCUCAGAGCACACACAGUGUCCCUUCGUCGCAAAAAGCAUCCAGAGUUGUUAAGCUCAUGACGACCCAAGUACCUCUGUCCGAUGAUGUUCUCAAGCAUCUAAUAAAGCUCGGAGUCAAGUUAACUACUCGACCGUCCGAAUGCACCCAUCUCCUUGCACCACACGUCGUGCGAACCGAAAAAUUUCUUUGCGCCCUCGCUGUUUCGCCUUGGAUUCUGUCUCCUGAAUGGGCAACAGGAUCUGCAGCUUCUAACAAAUUGCUUCCCGAAGAUAAGUAUCUGCUACAAGAUCAAACCAACGAGCGCAAGUACAAUUUCCAGCUUUCGGAUGCCAUUGCAAAAGCGAAGACAUUGAAAGGCACGUUAUUUGCGAAGAGGAUUUUCUAUGUGACUGCAAAGGUGUCCGUGGAUCAUAAACUUCUGAAGAACGUUAUCACAGCUUUUGGCGGCCAGAUAUCGACCCAAACACCGACGAUCAGAGUGCUAAAGAGCCGCUCAAAUCGUCAUGUAAUCUCUUGCGCUGAAGAUAUAUCUAUCUGGAGACCCAUAGCUCAGCAGUUCCCUGUCUACACCCAAGAGCUCAUACUCACUGGCGCGCUGAAGCAAGAGGUCGAAUGGGACAACAAAGUUUUUCAGCUUUCAGAACCGUGAUACAUACGUACACAAUAUUUAUGCCUAUUUUGUGCUUAUUUCUUAUAUAUAUAUUAUUGAAUAACAGGCCAUCUCCGCUGUAACCCCCCCCCUCGAACUUGAUGAUUCUUCU